AUAAGUGAAAUGGCCAACCUAUCUACUCCGACAGCGUUCCUUCUGAUGGGCUUUUCUGAUUACCAUGAUGCACAAAUUUUGCAUUCCGUGAUGUUUCUCUUUGUUUACAUAACAGCCAUAGUUGUAAAUCUUCUCAUCAUCACAGCUGUUAUCCUAGACCACCACCUUCACUGUCCCAUGUACUUCUUUUUGAUCAACCUGUCACUGAUAGAUGUUUGUUCCAUCUCCACUACUCUUCCCAAGUCCAUAGCCAUUUCACUGACAAACAACAAAAUAAUUUCUUUUUCUGGAUGUGUCACACAGGUCUUCUUAGUUGUCACAUUUCUUGGUGCUGAGAUUGCCGUGCUCACUGUCAUGGCUUAUGACCGUUAUGUUGCAAUCUGCCAUCCUCUACAAUAUAGGCUAAUCAUGAAAUGGGAUGCUUGUAUCCAAAUGGCAGGUGCUACCUGGAUAACCAGCCUGUUCCAUGCAGUAUUACAAACCAGUUUCACUUUCAAUCUAGAUUUCUGUGGCUCCAAUAUUAUUAGACAGUAUUUCUGUGACAUUCCUCAGUUACAAAAAAUUUCUUGUAGCGAUACAAGAAUAAAUCAAUUAUUGAUUUUCAUCAUUGGGUUCUUUGUGGACUCAUUUUGUUUUGCACUCAUCUUUGCUUCCUAUGGCUAUAUAUUUUCUGCUGUGCUGAGGAUCCCAUCUGUCCAAGGCAGAUAUAAAGCUUUCUCUACCUGCACUCCCCACCUUACUGUCUUUACUUUAUUCUUCAUCACAGGAGUGUUUUCAUACAUGAGGCCUAACACACUUUCCUCUCCCACUGUGGACUUGGUUUCUGCUGUACUGUAUACAGUUUUGCCACCAGUUUUUAAUCCCAUUAUUUAUAGUUUCAGGAACAGGGACAUUCAAGCAGCAAUAUGGAAAAUACCCCAAAAAUUAAAGAAUCUCAUAGCAUGA